CGACAGGCAUGCAUAAAAAGCCCCGCGGUCACAAUAGAAUAUCGAGCAAGGCGAGACAAGGGAGAAAACAAGAAAGCCCAGGAAAUUCGGGCUGAAAUGGGAAACAGGCAAGAAACAAAACUGCGGAUGAUGGAUCCAGCCCCCGAGCCUGCCCAAUGAAACGUCCCUGAAAUGCCCCAAGGGCGGGUUCCCGAAUUUUUUGGCUUCCGCCUGGCGAUUCCACCCCUCCUUCUACCCAGGUACGAUGUAGGCUCAGGGAAGGUAGGUACAUGGGGAGGUACCUACCUACCUAGGUACCUACACUAAAGUGGCCAUAGGGUGAAGUGGAAAAGGAGUGAGUUCUUGUUGUUGGCUGCUGCCCGCUCUCAUGUGAAUGAAAAGUCACUCGCCGGCUGACAUGGGCUCGCACUCUGGUUGGUCGACUGGCUCGCUACUUCCCCGUGGGUGGCCUGUCCCGGCCUAGGGAACGGCCUGGGCGGGCUGAAUUUUCCUGGAUUCUCCUUCAGAAACAGGUCGAGAAGCCGCGCUUUGUGUAAAUCUCCUUCUUUCUCUUUUCCCCCCUUCUUCUUCAACACCAUUUGGAAAACCGACCAACCACCAAUGCAUAGUGAAAAGGAAUCGUACGACUACUCCAGCUCAUUCUUCCGCCGCCAGAUGCGCAGCCCGAGCCACAAGAAACUACAGAGAAACUACGACUCCGAGCCACGCGCCGACCCCGAGCGACGACGAGGCACGCUUCUUGUGCUUCGCAUCUAGACACCCCACCAAAGUGACGCCCUUUACCGGCUCAGGGCGCGACCGGCAUACGGACGCGCGCCCCUCGUUUACCACCAAUAUUCACUACUACAAGGAGCGCCCCCCCUAAAUACCCUCACCCACCACCGAGAUCAUGAUUGCCAAGGCGACGCCCGCACUCAAUACGGUGCGCGGCUUCCAACAGACCCCCGUCACCUCCGGCGACGAGGACGAGGACGACUACGGCGUAUGCGCAACACCACCUCUCUCCUCCAAGAAGCGCGGUCCCCACCCCGCUCGCAUUGACGACGUUGUCAGCGCCAACUGCAGCCCGAACAUGCGCGGGGCCUCCUCCCCCGCUGUCUCUGGGAUCGCGAAGCUCCGCAUGCAGAUGGAGCCUCUUAGUCUGGACGCCUCCUCUCGAACGAGCACGUUGACUCUCAACGGUAGCAACGGCCACGCCGUCCUCCCCAAGGGACUCGGUAUCAGCAGCGCUGUUAUGAGCCGCUGCGGCAGCCAGGACGGCAGCCAGAGCGAGGCCGGCAGCGAGCGCUCCGAAAGCGGCUCCACGAGCUAUGAGAUAAACCUGGAGCAUGACUACGUCGACGAGAGCGUCCGAGAGCGGACUGGGCAGAUCGUGCCCAUCGAGGGCAACAAAGACGUGCAGCGCAAGAUGACGGCCAACGACUUUGAGCCACUUCGCUGCCUGGGCAAGGGCACCUACGGCACCGUGCUGCUGGUCAAGCAGCGCAACACCGGCCGGCUCUACGCCCAGAAGCAGUUCAAAAAGGCCUCGUUGACCGUGCACAAGAAGCUCAUCGAACAGACCAAGACAGAGCGUCAGAUCCUCGAGUCGGUCAACCGACACCCCUUUGUCGUCAAGCUAUACUAUGCCUUCCAGGACCAUGAGAAGCUGUACCUGAUUCUCGAGUAUGGCCAGGGUGGCGAACUCUUUACUCACCUGAGUACGGAGAAAAUGUUUGCCGAGCCAGUCGCUGCCUUCUACAUGGGAGAGAUGCUUUUGGCCAUCUCCCACUUGCACAGCACCUUGGGUGUUGUGUACCGUGACCUGAAGCCCGAGAACUGCUUGUUGGACGCCGAGGGUCACCUACUGCUCACCGACUUUGGUCUUUCCAAGGUUGCUAUCGAUACCUCCGAGGACCACUGCAACUCGAUGCUCGGGACAGUCGAGUACAUGGCUCCCGAGGUCAUCCAAGGUCAGAAGUAUGGAAAGGCGGUCGACUGGUGGUCCUUUGGCGCCCUUGGCUAUGACUUGAUGACGGGCAACCCGCCCUUCCGUGGGGGUAACCACGCCAAGAUUCAGCAAAACAUCGUCAAACAGAAGCUCGUCAUGCCCUACUUCCUGAGCCCCGACGCCAAGGACCUCCUGACGCGCCUGCUCAGGAAGGAUCCCAAGAAGCGACUGGGUGCUAAUAUGCCCAAAGACCUCCAGACGAUGAAGGGCCACCGUUUCUUCAACAAGAUCAACUGGAAGAAGUUGGAGGCCAGAGAGGUCGAGCCGCCCAUCCAGCCCAUGAUCACGGAUCCCGAGCUCGCCGAGAACUUUGCUCCCGAGUUCACCGACUUGUCCCUGAGCCCUGUUAUCACGUCCAAGGACCCGUGGAGCGCCAUGUCGGCCAAGGAGGACGACCCCUUUGGCGGCUUCAGUUUUGUCGCGUCGAGUAGCAUGCUGGAGAGCCACGCGUUUCGAUUCUCCACUGAAGUUUAAGUAGGGAGCGUAGAGCGGCAGCGUUAGACGAAAGAGCUUAGAGCGUACGGCGUUGGUAGGAGUGGGCGAGGUGUGACAAUGAGUGAUAAGGAAGGGAAAAGUUUAGAUUCUUGCUGGGAGCUGGCGCGGGCCAAGGGUCUGGCCAGCAUGGCGUUUAUUGAAGCGAAGCGGAAGCAAGGCGAAGCAAAGCAACGCACACUCGACUUGGACAGGGGCACAUAUGGACUAACCCCUUGAUUUGGUUCCGGAGCACGAUACACGAGCAUGGUAUUCUGUUUUUCGUCUCUCGGAAAUCGCUAUCCACAGUGUGGCUUUCCCCUUCGGUGGCCUUUCCUCGGGUGGAUAAAAAAGUUUCCUCGCAUCCAAUAGAUAUGAGCUUUCUGCGUUCCUCUUUGACAAACGGUGGGCGGUCACUGAGCUCGUCUGUCGCCCUCUUGCAGUGCUGCUGCUCCAUUUCCUUUUUAUCUAUUGGAGCCGUGGGUUGGUUGUCCGACCUCGCGAUCCGUGGACUCUAUGACCUGCGAACCGCUGGUCCACCGGACCUUGGCUCUUGGCUCUGAAGGCCAUGCGUUAACAUGACUAGCUACCUAAUCUGCCAAGUCGCUGAUUCAAAGUUGAGUUUUUCCCUCCCCGUGACCCAGCUUUCGCGUUCGGCGCCCAUUGAAAGAAAGCUUAGGUCUGUUCCGCACCAUUCAUGUUCGGCAAGAGAUCCUUUUUUGAUUACGCGGUCCCGCUUGGCACACAUCUACCUUGCUUUCAAGCUAGCCUAUAGUGACCCUUUAGUAAGCGUUGGCAAAGUAUCAAAUGUCCUUCCAAAUUCCGUGUGGAUGACGCGGACAUGCCUCCUUGCCCGGUGUCCGUAUUCUUGUAUGAUCUCGAAGUCGCCGCAGGAGUUUCUUCUCGGCAUCCGGCUGCAAUCAUGAAAACCACGUAGGAUCGGGCGUCGUAUGAAUACUUAGUAUGCCCAGAAAAGUGAGUGCCGGAUCCCCCUCUCUAUUACGCCCGUUUGGUGCUCU